AUGGGAUUUCGGGAAGCCUUCCGUCUGACUGACGACGACGGUCUACAUGCGAUACCUCCGGGUAGUUCUAAGGCUGCUGACAUCCGCAGCGAGGAUUCUCUUGAGCGUGGGGAAUUUAGCCUUGUUCCCCCUCCAACCGAUGACCCGGCAGACCCAUUGAAUUGGAGCACAUGGAGAAAAGCUGCUAUCACAUUCUUUAUUACCUCGUUCGCUUUUGUGUCCAAUUUCUGGUUGUCAGUGCUAGGCCCGGCUUUGCCUUUCCUUAGACCGGCAUUCGGCACUCCCCUGUCGUCCUCGAAAUUGAGUCCGAUCAUUGCCGGAGCUACAUUGACCGCUGCCGUCUCCAGUAUCUGGUGGGUGCCUUUGGCAAAUACCUACGGAAGACGGCCGGUCCUCCUCGUUAGUACAACACUGAGCUUGGCCUGCUGCAUCUGGUGUGCGCGCGCGGAAAGUUACAACAGCUUGCUUUCUGCGAGGAUCGUGACGGGUACCUUUAUUGGGUCAUCUGAAACCGUUUGUCCCGAUAUUGUCGGAGAAACCUUUCUUUACCACCGACGUGGCCGUAUAAUGACCAUUUACACGUUUGGUUUGGCUGCGGGAUCCACUGUUGGCGGCCUCACAGGGGGUUACAUUGCUGUUAAUUUAGGCUGGCGGUGGUGUCUGUGGCUCCCAGCCAUCGGAUUUGGCUUAUUGGCAAUUUUCUGCUUCCUGGCUGUGCCGGAGUCCCUCUAUAAUAGGGACAUGGCACUACCGGUAUCUGAGGACACUGAGGAGGAGGCAGUGGCCUCAACGCAAACUGGUGGAAACAAAGGUCACCAACAUGUGGAACGUAUCCCCUCCGCACCCUACACAUUUGCUCGCAGUCUACGCGUCUUCGUUACUCAUCGUCCGGGCCUCGUCCGCCGACUGAUUCAGCCUUGGUUUAGUCUGAGGUUUCCAGUCGUCAUUGUGGUUUGCCUCGAUUACGCUGGACUCACAGGCGGUCUGAUUUCGGCGUCCACUGUCGGACCUACACUCUUGGCCAUGCCGCCUUACAAUUGGGGUCAAAAUGUUGGCCUCCUCAGUGUCGGCGCCACGAUUGGCAUCGGAGCCGGUCUGCUCUACAGCUUAAGUUUGUCCGACUGGGUAGUGGCAAGAGCAGCCAAGAAACACCGCAGUGGCACAAUAGAGCCGGAAUCACGCUUGCCAAUGGUCAUACCCGCGCUGUUUCUAGCUACUAUGGGUAUGCUCAUAUUUGGAUUAUGUGGGCAAAAUCCUGGUGAAAGUCGGUGGGUUGGUCUGGAGGCUGGAAUAGCGAUGAUUGCCUUUGGAGUCACAGUCUCACCUGCUGUCCUUUUCAGCUAUAUAAUCGACACACAUUACGAAAUUUCUGGAGAUGCAUUCACCAUGGCUGCUGUUGCACGUGGUAUCGUCAGCUUUGCGUUCACUUGGUUUGUAUCUGAUUGGGUAACGAGUCGAGGUGCUGCCGAGCCGUUUGGGGUAUUCACAGCAAUCAUGGGAGUCUUCUCGCUGUUGGCGGUGGCCUUGUAUUUCUAUGGAAAGCGGCUUCGUAUCGCCACAGCUUCCUGGCUGACCGGGUAUCACGGUCAUUGA